ACAAACAAACAUUGCCAUUGCUAUCAUCAUCUUCUUCCUUUUUCCCUCUGCUAACAAAUAACUCAAAUUUUACCCAUCUCUUCUUCUCUCUAACCAUCUCCACUUAUUGAUAGAAUUAUUAUUUCCAAAAAGCUUUUUUUGUUUCUAUUUUCAGUUCAUACAUACAUACAUACAUACAUACAUAUACAUACAUACAUACAGUGAGAGAGAGAGAGAGAGAGAUCUUCAUCGUCAUCUUCUUGAGUCCACAUACUGAAUGGAGGAGAAAUUAUGAGGGUGGGUUUUUUCUGUGAAAACAAACCUUCUCAUCUUUCUUCUUCCCAUUGAAUUUUUAUACCCUCUUUUCAGAAACUGAUUCUUUCUUUCUUUUCUUCUUUACCCAUUUCAGAUUUGGGGGUGUUGUUCCUAUUCAUAUUUCAUCACAAUUUCCCAAUUUCUUUCUACUUUUCAAUUACUUGUAGCUUCUCAGAUUUCUCGAUUUCAGACCAAACCCUUGUAGAAUCAAUCGAAUUGAUUCUGUAACGUAUAUUAUGAGGGCAGGAUUGAGUACGAUUCAGCAAACCCUAACGCCGGAGGCGGCCACCGUCUUGAACCACUCCAUAGCAGAAGCUGGCCGUCGGAACCAUGGCCAGACGACGCCUCUUCAUGUCGCUUCCACCCUUCUUGCCUCACCCACGGGUUUCCUCCGGCAAGCUUGCAUCCGGUCUCACCCGAAUUCUUCUCAUCCUCUCCAGUGCCGUGCCCUUGAGCUCUGUUUUAGCGUGGCGCUCGAGAGGCUCCCCACCGCCACGUCAUCGCCGGCCGUCACGGAGCCACCGAUUUCUAACGCCUUGAUGGCGGCUCUAAAGCGGGCGCAAGCCCAUCAACGGCGUGGGUGCCCGGAGCAACAGCAACAGCCACUUUUAGCGGUUAAGGUGGAGUUGGAACAGCUAAUUAUAUCCAUACUUGAUGACCCGAGUGUGAGUCGGGUCAUGCGUGAAGCUAGCUUUUCUAGCCCUGCUGUUAAAGCUACAAUCGAAGAGUCUUUGAGUAAUAACAAUCUAAAUCCGUCGAGUCUUGGGGUCGGAUUCCGGCCAUCUCCGUCGCCGACAACCACGCCGGUUUCAAUACCCAUAAACCGGAAUUUGUAUUUGAAUCCACGGUUACAACAAGGGAAUCAGCAAAAGAACGAUGAAUCAACGGUGUCAUCAUCAUCAACUCCAAUAAAUCUUUAUAUACAGCAACAGCAACAGCAAAAGAAUGAUGAAACAUCAUCGGCUCCAAGAAAUCUUUAUCUGAAUCCAAGGUUACAACAACAACAUCAAGGGAAUCUUCUAAGUUCAAAUCAAUUAGGACAGCAACAGAGAAAUGAUGAUGUGAAAAGGGUCAUUGAGAUUAUGACCAAACCCAAGAAAAAGAAUCCGAUUCUAGUGGGGGAAUUGGAACCUGAAGCAAUCAGGAAAGAGAUCAUGAGACGAAUCGAAAAGGGUGAAUAUGGAGAAUUGAAGAAUGUUCAAGUGAUUUCAAUUGAAAAAGAGUUUGCAUCUAUGUCGGAUAAAUCGCUAAUGCCCACCAAGAUCCAGGAAUUGGGUAAUCUAAUCGAUAUAAAAAUUGGGACUUGUGAUGGUGUCAUAAUCGACCUUGCUGACCUGAAAUGGCUGGUUGAGCAACCACCGGCGACAAUUGUUUCUUCCGUCGGCCGUGAAUCUGUGGCGGAGAUGGCCAAAUUAGUUUCAAAAUUCUCCGGCAAAGUUUGGCUGAUCGGCACAGCUACUUGUGAGACUUACUUGAGGUGCCAAGUUUAUCAUCCAUCCAUGGAAACUGAUUGGGAUUUACAAGCUGUCCCAAUUACAUCAAGAUUACCUCUCCAUGGCGUCUUCCCAAGGAUGGGGACAAAUGGAAUUCUUGGUGCUACUUCAGUUGAUUCUUUAAAUCCAAUGAACAACUUCUCGUCGAGAACACGCUGCUGUCCGAAAUGCUCCGGUGAUUAUGAACAAGAAUUAGCAAAACUAAAGGAGUCAUCUUCUGAUGAGAUUAAGAGCAAUCUACCUCAAUGGCUGCAAAAUGCAAAAACAGAACAUCAGUCGCAGGUUAAGGAUCAAGAACAGGUUUUGAAACAGAGGAUUCAAGAAUUGCAAAAGAAAUGGAGUGAUACAUGUUUGCGAGAUCAUCCGAAUUAUAAUCAAUUUCCAAGAUUGGAUAGAUUGGCUCCGAUGCUUGUACCUUUGACUGGAACGUACAAGCCGAACAUGCUUCUACGACAAGGCCAGCCCGCUCAACAGCCACGGUUACAACCACCAACAAGUCUUCAAGAAGCUUUGCAAUCGAAAUCGAAUCUCAAUACCACCCAACAACGAUCGUUAGAGCUUCCACGGAGCCCGGUUCGUACAGAACUUGUUCUUGGACCAAAGAAAGCAUUGGAAACCCUUGUUCCAAAAGACAACGAGGAUUUGACGGUUAAGGAUCUUUUAGGCUGCAUCUCUUCCGAACCCGAAGGCAAGAUUCAGGAGUUUCACAAGGGUAAAUUCGCUAAUGCAGCGGAUACCGACUCUUUCAAGAAGCUGCUCAAGGGUUUAAUGAAGAAGGCGUGGUGGCAGCCGGAGGCGGCUUCCGCUAUUGCUACCACUAUAACACAAUGCAAAGUGGACAGCGGUUCUAGGGGUAGCGUGUGGUUAUUGUUUGCCGGGCCCGAUCGGGUGGCAAAGAAGAAGAUGGCGUCGGUCCUAGCCGAGCACGUCUGUGGGGCCAAUCCAAUUACGAUUGGGCUCGGGUCAAGGCGUGACGAUGAGGAAACAGAUAUGGGACUUCGUGGUAAAACCGUGUUGGAUCGCAUCGUUGAGGCUGUUCGUAGGAACCCGUCUUCUGUAAUCGUUCUUUCGGACAUUGAUGAAGCUGAUAUGUUGGUUCGUGGAAGCAUAAAACGAGCGAUGGAGAGAGGUCGGUUGACCGAUUCUCACGGACGUGAAAUUAGCCUCGGGAACGUUGUAUUUGUGCUCACGGGGAAUUGGUCGACCGCGAACAUUGAUGAGCAUCUGGUUGACGAGCAACGGUUGCGCUUGAUAGCAAGCAGAGAUUGGCAGUUGAGGCUAACGGUCGAUGACAAAAGGUUGAAACGGAGAUCCAACUGGUUGUCGGAUAAGGAUCGGUCACGGAGACCGAGGAAAGAAUCGGGAUUGGAUCUGUCACUUGAUCUUAACCUAGCCAUGGACUAUGAAGAAGAUCGAACCGAUGGCUCGAUCAACUCGAGCAAUCUCACCAUGGACCAAGAAGACGAGAAUCAACGAUUUGCAGUUAUGUCCGUACCUCACGAGCUUGUCGGGCCUAGCGAUGGGGCGGUCGUGUUCAAGCCAGCCAAUUUCGGGCAUAUUCGUCGUGAGAUCGAGAAAACCAUCAAGAGCGCGUUUUCAGCCACAGUUGACGAGAAAAUCACGAUCGAGGUCGAGGAGGCGGCGGUCGAGAAUAUAUUGGGCGGGUUGUGGUUCGGUCGAACAAGCCUAGAGGAAUGGGCUGAACAAAUAUUGAUUCCUAGCUUCCACCAGCUCAACUCGCGGUUACCAUCUACAGGCGGAGAAAUGGUGGUCCGACUCGCGUCCGAUCGUGAUUCCGUUUCGGUGGGCGGUGGUGGCGAUUGGUUGCCGAGCAAAAUCGCGGUGGUGGUUGAUGGAGUGGGAGGUUGAGGGGUGUGAUUUGCCACUCUUCAUUCACCUGGGACUAUAUAUGUAAAUAGUUGGGGAGAAAGGGAGGUAUAGUGAAACGUUUAGGAAAAGUGAGGACCGUUAAUAGAAGUUACGGUUCUCAUAUUUCGUUUUCUUUUUUAAAUUGUUUUUUUUUUCUUUUAAUUUUCGUAUAAAUAUUCAAAGUAACAAUCACCUUUUAAGUGUGAGCAAUAAGAUGAGGCAU